AUGCUGGCACAGGCGCCGGCUCGGCGCACGCGGUGCUGCCGGCUGGCCCCGCCCGUUCCGCGAUUUGAUGAAAAGGAGAAUGUAUCAAACUGUAUCCAGCUGAAGACUUCAGUUAUUAAAGGUAUAAAGAAUCAACUGAUAGACCAGUUUCCUGUUAUUGAACCAUGGCUAAACCAAAUCAUGCCAAAGAAAGAUCCAGUCAAAAUAGUAAGAUGUCAUGAACAUAUAGAAAUCCUCACUGUGAAUGGGGAAUUGCUGUUCUUCAGGCAAAGAGAAGGCAUUUUUUACCCAACGCUAAGGUUGCUUCAUAAAUACCCAUUUAUUCUCCCGCAUCAGCAGGUUGAUAAAGGUGCCAUUAAAUUUGUCCUGAGUGGAGCUAAUAUAAUGUGCCCUGGCCUGACGUCUCCUGGAGCAAAGCUUUACCCUGCUGCUGUUGACACUGUCGUUGCAAUAAUGGCAGAGGGAAAACAACAUGCAUUAUGUGUGGGAGUAAUGAAGAUGUCAGCUGAGGACAUGAUUCUUUGUGGUGCUUCAAAGACAGACUCCAAGAUGAGAAAGUCAACAAAGGGAUUGGUAUUGAAAAUAUCCACUAUUUAAAUGAUGGCCUUUGGCACAUGAAGACAUACAAGUGAAA